UUAUUUGAAAUAUUAUUUUCUAAAAACGUGUUCUAUAAAACAUUUUUCAGUAUAAUGCGCUCAACUACCUUGUUUAUUGGUAGUUAAUAAGCGGUUACUAUGUUGAAAAUAUUUGGUUUUUUGUCUGAAUAAUAUUGGCCAAAAAUUUUAAAAAACGGCGGCAGAAUAGAAAUCGAUUCACGACCUAAUCACAGUCUGUUGGUACGACUUGACAGGUAAGUAUGAUAGGGGUGGCAGUGCUCCGCAGUCUAGUUUGCAAACUCGAAGAUGGCAGAAGGGUAACGUCAACCAUCCCUUUAUUUCUUAUAAUUAUGACCGUCCGGUAAUUCUUCCGAGGAAUACUUUUUGUCGAACCGGUGUCCAAGACUUCUCGAGAUGGAGGAGGAGAUCGUCUACGGGACCCACGAGGAUUCCCACGUCGUCAUGUCGGACAGGGUCCAGGCCCUGGCUGGUUCUAUUUACCAAGAGUUGGAAAAGAUGAUAGAAAAAUACGACGAGAACGUCGUCAAAGACCUGAUGCCGCUAGUCGUCAACGUUCUCGAGUCCUUGGACCUUUCCUACUCGGAAAACCAAGAGCACCAGGUCGAACUGGAACUACUCAGGGAGGACAACGAACAGCUGGUGACACAGUACGAAAGGGAAAAACAAUUAAGGAAAGCAUCGGAUCAAAAACUUUUGGAGGUGGAGGAUCUUAUCGAAGCAGAGAGGAAAGAAAAGGGAAGUAAAAUUGAAAGCCUCGAGUCAAUCGUUCGAAUGUUAGAGCUCAAGGCAAAAAACUCUUCAGAUCAUGUUUAUCGGUUGGAAGAAAAGGAGCAGGAGAUGAAGAAGGAAUAUUCAAAAUUACACGAACGGUACACAGAGUUGUUCAAGACUCACAUGGACCACCUAGAAAGGACUAAAAUACUCAUGGGGACUGGAGACAGGAUGGACGGACAGACAAGGCAGCGUAUGCCCACUCUCCCGUUCUCUCAUAUGAACAGAUCAUCUGGGCCAGUUUCAUUUGGUUUCCAAUCAUUAGAAAACAAUACCAUGCCAAGCAUCGUACGAGGUGCAGGAAGUCCGGGUGAAUUCCCAACAAUACCCUCCUCACCACCGGAGAGCAACCACUCUACUGCUAGUCUUAGGAAUGAAUUAGAAGUAAUCGAAAAUACAGAAGACGAUACCUCAUUACGAGAAGUAUCAGAAAAAGGCUGGUCAGAAGCAUUAAGUCCCGGAUCGAAAGACCCUUCGCCCGAUAGUUCGGAGGAGUGUCCGCCCCCGCCUGUGAUAACCACACCAGUCGGAAGGAGUACAACAAAAAAAGAACAGAGAAGUGCAAACACUCUCUAUCAGGAGCUUAGUUUCCAAGACGCAGAAGCUUUAGGCGAAAUGGACGAAGGUGCUGACAUCACAGGCGGAUGGGUCCACCCAGGAGAAUAUGCAUCAUCUGACUCAGAAAGCGAGCUAGAUAAUACUUCCGUUAAUGACAAUUUUUUUGGAAUGGGCAAAGAAGUAGAAAAUUUAAUUAUGGAGAACAAUGAACUUCUUGCUACAAAGAAUGCUCUUAACAUUGUGAAAGAUGAUCUCAUUAUUAAAGUUGAUGAACUUACCAGUGAACAAGAAAUUCUACGUGAAGAGAAAAAAUUGUUAAAAACGGAAAAUGCUCAACUUCAGCAACGGUUAGCUGAAAAGGAAGAGGAAUUGAAGAGAGUUAAAGAAGAAGCGGAAAAGCAAGCUAAAUCUAAUAAAUCGGAUGAUGAGGAGGAUGUUCCGAUGGCGCAGAGAAAGAGGUUCACGAGGGUCGAAAUGGCAAGAGUACUUAUGGAAAGAAAUCAAUACAAAGAGAGAUUCAUGGAACUUCAAGAAGCAGUCCGGUUCACUGAAAUGAUGAGAGCGUCGCGAAACAAUGAAACCGACCUUGACAAAAAGAGCAAACAGAGUGUCUGGAAGUUCUUCAGCAGUCUUUUUAGCAGUAAUGACCGAGAAAUAGUUACUGCGAGAAAUCAUCACUCCACAAUUGGUUUAAGGUAUAAUAAACCCACUCGACACAUAAGCCCUGCAUUAGACACAAUGAGGAAAAAAUCUCUUCACGAAAGGAAAAGAGGCCUUGAGUUAUCCGACUCAGGGGAAUUAAAUUUUGAGAAGAUACAAGCAAAGAGAGCAGGCGAACGUAGAGAACAAUUGAGGUCUGUACAAGCCCAUGUGCGCAAGGACGACGGUAGGCUUCACGCGUACGGAUGGUCCCUUCCCGCUAAAAGUGGAACAACACCACCCAAACCUCAAAACACGGGAACGCCACAAGUUCCAGUCCCGGUCCCAGUAUACUGUCGUCCUCUAAUGGAAAAAGAAGACGGAAUGAAGGUUUGGUGUGCAACUGGAGUCAACCUUGCAGGUGGGCGUACUCAGGAUGGUGGUGAAAUCGUUGGUGCUAGUGUAUUUUACAGUAAAUCCCUUAACAACGAGUGUGAAACUACCAAAGAUGAACCAAUUUCAAGCCCGGUGGAACAGUUAGAAAAAGACAUAGAAGAAGGUGAAAGGCAGAGGAAAGAAAGCCAAGAACAACUGUCUUCCCUAGUUUGGAUCUGUACGAGUGCCAGGUCCAAUAGUCACGUCACUGUGAUAGAAGCUAAUAACCCUGCUGAUAUACUUUUAGCAUUUAGAGUUUGCCAGUCUUAUAUCCUUUGUAUAGCUAGUGUACCUGGGGCCUGCGAGGGUGAUUAUCCAUCCGAGGAUGAACCACAGGAUGUGAGAACCAGUGAACCCGAUUCUCCAAAGGAAGAGAAUUGCGAAGAUAUCGAAAAAGAAAAUGAAGGGGAAGAGGAGAAGAAAAAAGAAACAGAACAAGCUGGAAUCGGAAAAAUAACAUUCGUGAGUUGCGCUACAGGUAGCGAAGACGCUUCUACCCUCCCUCCAGCCGAGCCGCCGAAUGAAACGGCUCAUUCAGACAACAUCGAACCAAUCGACACCAACGCAAAUGAAUUACCUGGCACGCCACUGCAGAGAAGGCUAGUCAAGGAAUACAAGGAGGGUUUGCUCAAGGAUGGUGUUAUGCCAACACCUACAGUAAAUGAUUUAGCCAAUGAAGAGCUAGAAAAGGCGAGCAGUAUUUUGCCAACAAUGUGGCUCGGGGCUCAGAACGGUUGCAUAUUUGUUCAUUCUGCUGUGUCAAAUUGGAAAAAGUGCCUCCACUCGAUCAAAUUGAAAGAUGCUGUACUAAGUAUAGUUCAUGUGCGAGGUAGAGUUUUGUGUUCCGUCGCUGAUUGCACAGUCGCAAUAUUUAGACGAGGCAGUGACGGCCAGUGGGAUCUCAACCAUUACCACAUAGUUCAUCUCGGCCCACCUCAGCAAUCCAUGCGAUGCCUGUUAGUAGUGCACAACAAAGUAUGGUGUGGCUACAAAAAUAAAAUACUCGUGCUUGAUCCACAAUCGAUGGCUGUUCAGAAAACUCUCGACGUCCAUCCGAGGAAAGAAAGCCAUGUAAAGUUAAUGGCAUGGGUCGGUGAUGGUGUCUGGGUGUCUAUCAGAUUAGACUCGACACUCCGGCUUUACCACGCCCAUACAUACGAGCACCUACAGGAUGUUGAUAUAGAACCCUACGUCAGCAAAAUGCUAGCAGUCAUACCCUCAGGAGCUGGAAAAUUGGGGUUUUCUUUUGUCAGAAUCACCGCGCUCUUAAUAUCAUGUUCAAGGCUUUGGAUUGGAACCGGGAAUGGAGUUAUUAUUUCAGUUCCAUUAUCGGAAAGUGGUACUGUCAAUCCAAAUAAAGUACCUGGAGCGGUAGUGAAUGUUUUUGCAGAUCCAGCCACGUCGCAUUUAACUCCUGCCAGUUUCGUUCCUUACUGUUCGAUGCAACAUGCCCAGUUGUCUUUCCACGGUCAUAGAGAUUCCGUCAAAUUCUUUGUUGCAGUUCCCGGUUGUGGAGGAAUGUCUGCAGCGACGGCGACAAAUACAACAUCCCCGAUAAUUAAUAACAACAAUGAAAACGAUAAACCGCAGUCUAUGCUUGUGAUGUCCGGCGGUGAGGGAUACAUCGAUUUCAGAGUUGUUGACGAUGGAGAGGAACCUAAGGAUGGAGCCUCUCAUCUAAUAGUGUGGCAGUUGCUCCUUCGGUGAUGACGAUGAUGAUGAUACCUCUGUCGAAAAGAAAAGUGAUCCGUGUUAUCUUAUAGUGUGGCAGGUGACGCCUCCAAACAAUUAAUCGACAGCAAGUUUUUAUUUUACUUUUAUAUGUAAUUUUUAAUAUUCAACUUUAAUAUACUUAAUGAUUGGUUUUAACGUAUUCACAAUUGAGAGUAUAUUGCAAUGAUGAAAAAUUAUUUAAUUGUUAAAUGAUUGUGUCAAGAUGUAAGCGGAUAAAAUUAUGGGCCCCUCUCACAUUUUUUUUAAUGUUUAAAUUACCCAAUAUGAAAGAUUAAUGAGGGAUUGCUUAUUGAAUAUGCUGACCAGGGUGAAUUUUUAGGUCAAAGCUCAAACGAAGAAUUAUUGGCAAAGUUAAUAACAUUUGGUGUAAAAUUAUAUUUAAAAAAAAGUAAUGAAUGUUAUUUUGAGAUUGUUACCUUUGUAUGAUAAAAAUUUAUAUGUGCUUUUCUUGAGCAAGCAUUAAAUAAGCAAAAAAUUAUCAGUUGAAAUUAUAGUGACUAUAUAAAUAAAUAAAAAGAACAAUGAUACAAUUACAGUUACAAAUUAAACAAGUGAGAUUUUCAAAGCUAAAAAUAGAAAAUAAAGUAGUUAAUUAAACAAGAUUAAUAUUUUUGUAGAAAGAUUGAAUGUGCAAUCUAGUUCAUUAAAUGGUUUUUGUUAGAAAUCAAAUUACAUAAAUUAUAAUUGUUAUAAUAAUUUAAUGUUAUAAUAAUUUCAGGAUUGUUUGGCGAUUUGUUAUCGUAAAUAUAAGCUUGUGAUAUUUAUAUUUAUAUGUUACAUAUAUAUGUUAAUAACUAAUUUUAAUAAGAUUAAUUUAUUGGGUUUUGUUUUAACUUGUAGAGUGCACAGUCUGUAAAUAUUCAGUUGCAUUUUUUCGCCUGGUGAGUAACAAAAAUUAUUACGUUGUUAAAUGACUUAAUUUGUACAUUUGUAGAUGAAUGUUAUAAGUAGGGAUAUGUAAAUUCCCAGGAAGGGAAGCAUUUUUAUUUAUAUACAUUUUUAUUGAAAAACUUUA